AUGAAGUACAGAGAUAAGAACAUGCUCCAGCUGAUUUCAGCUAGGCUGGUAGAAAAUAUCAGGCAAAUUAAUUCGGCACAAAUUACAAGUGUGCUUAAGGCGUAUUCAAUCCUGAACUUCAGAAGUGACUUUCUUUUCAGAAUGAUGAUUCCAGAAAUCUCACUAAAACUAGAUAUGAUGACAGUGGACCAAGUCUCGUCAAUUUUUUACUCGUAUAAUAAUUUGGGAUACUACAACAAGAAUUUGUUCCAGACCAUACAGUCAUAUCUGUAUUCAAAUGUAGAAAAGCUAACACCAUACGAUCUUACACUACUGUUGAGUGGAUUUUGUAAGAAUUUUAAGGGUUUUGAUGAAAAGUUCUUGACUGUGCUUUCUUUCCAAUUUUGUAAAUUACUCAACUCGUACGAUAAUAAGCUCUUCUCACUCAGUGUAAACUCACUUUCCAGACUAAAUUUCUGUAAACAUAAGUAUCUGCCAUCACUUAUAGAGUCUGAAGUAUACAACAGAGUAAAGUCAUCAAAAGAACCAUUGGCCUCUAGAUCACUAUCUUUGAUUUUAAACUCAUUAUCUAAGCACUAUACAAGUUGUACGCCACUUUUUACGUUUUUAUCACAGACGGUUUUGAAGAGGCUUAAGGAGUUUGACAUGCACUCAGUUUGCUUAAUUUUAUCCUCGUUCAGUAGAGUUACAUUAUCUGAUGCGAAAACUUACGAUAAAAUUGCAGAACAUGUUGGGAGAAAUUCACUGAAGUUGUAUCCAAGAGCAAUAUCUUCAAUGUUAUAUUCAUACGCCAGAGCAAACCACUUACACGGAGCGUUGUUUUACUUCUCUGGAAAGCACAUUCAGUUAAACCUUGGAAACUAUACCUGUGAUGAAGUGUCGAUGGCCUUGAGGGCAUUUUCAGUUUUGAACGUGAAAAACGAGGAACUAUUGGACACUUUUGCAAAGUUUAUACUGGAAAACACGCCCGAUUACGUCCCAAUCAAGUUUGAAGAUUUAUGUCCUCAUCUGAGAGUAUCAAUUUGUUCUAAAGAAAUUAAUAAGUUUUAUGAAUCAAGUGAAAAUAAUGCUAGUGAAAGUCAAGGAACAGUUUUAGAUGAAACAGAUGAUAAAACUGAUUUAUACAGUUUUGAAGGAAGGAACAUCAACAUGCUGGAGUAUAUUGGAGAAUCCAGUAAAAUAUCAUCUAAUUAUUUAGCAAAGGGGAAGAUGCAUUCGUUACUAUGGAUUGUUCAGGCGUACGCUAGGUUCUUUUUCACAAAUGAUAAUGUUACAAGAGCCCUGACUAGGAUCGCAAAUGAACUUGUUGUGAGAAUGAACGAGAUGACUCCGUUUCUAGUUUCCAGAAUACUAUUUUCAUUCUCGCAGUUGAACUUCAGCCAUGAAGCUGUUCUCCAAAUGUUACUGAAUGAAGUUACAAACCCAAGAAUAGGCUUUAAAUUUACCCAGAAGGAGCUAUCACUGCUCCACUACUCAAUUCCAGCGUUCGGUUUAGAUCCAGGAGAUUACGGGAUUUACAAGUUCAAGGCUCUAGACUUCCAGAGAAUUGUUGAAACCACUGAGCUCGUAGAAUUGAUUCUUAGAAUUGUUAAUCGAGACAUCCCGUCAUCAAAACCACUAUUCGUGGAGUUGUUAAAUAACCCAUUAAAAAUGGAAUCAAACCCUAAAAAUUUAUUUAAUGAGUCAGGUGACGGUGAGACAAUGGAGUUGGAUGGCUUUGAGGCUAAGGAACUAGACGGUAGUGAUAUUUACAUUCAUAUACCUAAAUAUUUGAAAGUGUUGGUGAGGAGUGAGGAAAGAAAUGAUGAUAUGAAAAUUACGCUUGAGGAGGCGCUAACUAAUCAUGUAAACUACAAUUUUAAAAUCGAUUAA